UAGUAUUAUUGGUAAGUGUGUGUAACUGUUGGUACAGGGAGAUGAUGAUCACGUGCUGCAGAGAGAGAUGGCAGACUGCCACGACACCAUCUGCUCUGACCUGACUGUGAAACAUAUUCCCAACUGCAGUCACUGGGUCCAGCAAGAUGUGCCUGACCUCUGCAACCAGUACAUGACUGACUUUCUCUCUACUAAAUCUGUUUCAAUGUAGUUUAUGUGUACUACUGUUGGACAUUACACAUCUUGUUAUUUUA